AUGUUGUUUCUUGGAGUGUUAGUGGCGAUUCUUGUUAGUGUCAGUGGAGAUGAUUUGAAGUCUAAGCUUAUAGACCCGGCCUGGCACGAUGUAAUCGACGCAGGCGGUAUGCACAUUGGCAGCGGAAGAGCUAAGCGUUUCCUUACAAUACAAAACGGGAACCAGAUCAAUGUUGCAGCCCAGCCGUGUUUGCUACCAAAUGGUAAAACCGGCCGCUGCAGACAUCUACGGUACUGCGUGCAGGACAAAUUCCGUAAUGAUUUCGUCAUGUUUAUGGAAUACGUCUGCGUUCUUGAUCAUACGUCAGUGGGAGUCUGUUGUCCGGAAAUAGUGAAACGUGGAGGAGCGGAAGGAUUAGCCGGGGACUUACCUGCCACUGCACCAGAGGAAGAGCAAAAUGAGGCCGCCAUGAAAGUUAUCAGAGCUGAGAAUAGAGGGUGUGGUUUAAGUACUCGUCAACAAAGUCGGGUACUGGGUGCCAAGCAGGCAAAUCCUCGCGACUGGCCAUGGAUGGCGUCCGUUACUCCCGAAGGCUUUGAGCAGUACUGUGGUGGUACUCUGAUCACUGACAAACAUGUACUCACGGCAGCACAUUGUACUAGAAGAUGGAAAGCAGAAGAGCUUCUAGUUCGUCUUGGGGAGUACGACUUCAAGCGUACGAACGACUCCCGUACAUCCAACUUCAGGGUCGCAGAGAUUCGUCAACAUGAAGACUUCCAGCUGGCUAGUUACAAGAAUGACAUCGCAAUACUACAAUUACAUCGACCUGCUUUAUUCAAUACUUAUGUGUGGCCGAUAUGCCUGCCGCCUAUUGGUUUAAAACUGACUAAUGAACCAGCCAUUGUAAUUGGUUGGGGUACACAGUCAUUUGGUGGCCCCCACAGCCAUGUUCUGAUGGAAGUGACAGUUCCUAUUUGGGACCAUGACGUUUGUGUGUCAUCAUUUACUGACACUAUAUUUGAUGAAACCAUAUGCGCUGGAGGAUAUGAAGGAGGGAAGGACUCUUGUCAGGGAGACAGCGGCGGUCCGCUUAUGUACCAGAUGCCAAGCGGUCGUUGGACGGUGAUCGGCGUAGUGUCUUGGGGACUGCGCUGCGGUGAACCACGCCACCCUGGUAUCUACACGCGCGUAGAUAAGUAUCUACCGUGGAUCGUUCAGAACACUAGGUUUUAA